AUCGACCUUUGGUCCCAAUGAAAUUAAAAAUCAGCUUUUUGCAUUUGGUUUCUUCAUUAUAUUGUCUCGACUGGUGAUAUUUAUUCUAUAGUGGCCGGAUUAAAAACAGCAAAUAUGAUGAUGGCAUCAUCCAAAUCUUUCCUGUCUGAUACAGAGAAGACAUUUGAAUAUCAGAAUAUACUUCCGUCUUUACCUAUUCCUCCACUACAACAUACACUAGAUAGAUAUUUAGAUUCAGUAAAACCUCAUGUAACAGAAGAAGAAUACAGACAAACAGAAUUUCUGGUCAAUCAGUUUGCCUCUGGUCUUGGUAAAGAAUUACAUUUUAAACUAAGUGAGAAGGCCAAGUAUAUGAGAAACUGGCUGGAAAAAUGGUGGGAUGAGGCUGUAUAUUUAGAAUUACGUAAUCCAAAUGCUUUAUAUGGUAACAUGUCUGGUCCAGGCCCAUAUAUGUACAAUCUAUGGACAGCGAAAGCAGACAGCCAGUUAGAAAGAGCUUCUCUAAUGCUUAAUGUUAUAACAGAGUAUUGGCAAAACUUAAGAAGGGAGAGAUUACGCCCACAUAAAGAUAAUAAAGGGAGAUCACUAUGUAUGAAUCAGUUUCGUCGAAUGUUUAAUUGUUCACGUAUACCUGGUCAUUUCAAAGAUGAACUUUUAUAUCAUUUUAAAACAGAAUCAGAAGGAGACUGCCCAAGCAAUAUUAUUGUUUUGUAUAAAGGAAGGAUAUUUUCUAUACAGUCUGUUGAUGAAAAUGAUGAACCACUAACAGCCCCAGAAUUUAUGAUCUUAUUACAAAUUAUAUAUAAACAAUGUAACAGUUCACCUCCUGGUCAAGGCCUAGCUAAUCUUACCACAUUAAAACGCUCAGACUGGGCUGAGGCCAGAGGACGAAUUCUAGCUCUACAUCCAGAUAAUUAUCACAAACUACAGGAAAUAGAGAAGUCUGUUUUUGUACUGGGUUUAGAUGAUUAUAGUCCUAAAGAUGAAUCAGAGGUAUCAUGGCAAGGUUUAGGUGGUAAUGCUGAAGGGAAAUGGUUUGAUAAAUCUUUAUGUGUUGUUGUUUAUAAAAAUGGUUUAAUUGCUUCAAAUUGUGACCAUGCCCCAACAGAUGCCAUGGUAUUAGUAUCCUGUACAUAUUAUGUUCAUCUAAGAGUUUUAGAACAUAAAGGUUCCUGGCAGGGAACUAAAACUAUCAGGAAAUUAAAGGCACCAAUGGAAUUGGAAUUACAUCUUGAUCCCCAUAUUAUAAAAACCAUAAGCGAAGCCAAAACUAUAUUCCCAAAAAAUUGUGAUAGUGUAGAAGUAUUAACCAGCCAUUUUACAGAAUAUGGUAAAUCUUUUAUACGCAAACACAAACUACACCCAGAUACACAUGUACAGCUAGCAUUACAAUUAGCUUAUUACAGACAGCAUAGGAGACCAGCACCAACAUAUGAGACAGCUACAACUCGAAGAUUUUAUCAUGGUAGAACAGAAACUAUGAGAUCUUGCACUACUGAGGCUAUUAAUUGGUGUAAAGCUAUGGUAGAUCCUUCUGUUGGGGGUGGUAGAAGAUACCAAUUGUAUAAAAUGGCAGCCGAUAGACAUAAUAAGUUGAUGGAUGAAUGCUCAAAUUUUGAAGGCUGUGAUCGUCAUUUAUUGGGUUUGGCCAUGAUUUGUCGAGAAGAAAAUAUUCCUUUACCGCAAAUAUUUACAGAUUCAUCCUUCUUUAGAAGUGGUGGAGGAGGUAACUUUAUUUUAUCAACAAGUUCUGUUGGUUAUACUCCCGUAUAUGGUGGAGUAGCUCCAAUGUGUUCUAAUGGUUACGGUGCUUUUUAUAGAAUAGAAAAUCAUCAAAUUGUAUUUUUCUUGACAUCCUGGACAGAAGAUAAAGAUACCAGUGUACAACAAUUUGCUAAAGAUUUACAUACAACUUUACAGGAAAUGAUCAAGUUAAUCCAGACACAAGUCACAGAGUCAGCUCGUUUAUGA